AUGCCGGACCCUCGAGUGAAUGCGCAGGAGGGCAGGGAAGGAGCCAGCCCGCCCGGCUGGGCCUGUCACUGCCAGCGCAUGGCACUGUGGACGGGCAUUGUAAUGUCAAAUGGCCACACGUGGAAGCAGCAGAGGAAGUUCGGGCUAGCCACCAUGCGGAAGCUGGGACUGGGGAAGAAAGGCACGGAGCACCAAGUAGAAGAGGAGGCCCAUCAGCUUGUUGAGACUUUUGCACGUGCUAAAGGGCAGCCAUUUGACCCUACAAUGCCCAUCAGUAAUUCCAUCUGCAAUAUGAUCUGUGCUGUGGCUUUUGGACACCGGUUUUCUGUUGAAGAUAAAGAAUUCAUCAAGUUGAUGGAAGCCAUUGACUAUAUCUUUGCAUUUGCAGGUAGCUUCGGUCAUGCUCUCUAUGAUUUUUUCCCAUGGAUUAUGGAUCGCCUCCCGGGGCCUCACAAGAAGACCCUUUCAAGCGCAGAGGCUGUGCUUUCAUUUGCAAGGAAGGAGAUAGAAAAGCAUAAGGAGCAUCACGCUGUCCAUGAGCCACAAGAUUUCAUUGAUUUCUAUCUGUUUCAGAUGGAGAAAAGCAAGAAUGACCCCAACUCUACUUACAAUGAAGACAAUCUGGCACACAGUAUUUUUGACCUCUUCAUCGCAGGAACAGAAACAAUAUCCUUGACACUGCGAUGGACAUUGCUUCUCAUGGCAAAUCGCCCAGACAUCCAAGAGAAAGUCUACAAGGAGAUA